GCGUUGCUAUGAACGCUUCACGGCUAGUUUUACACUGAGUGAAAAUAUAACCGAAGUAAAUUGCGAGUUGUUUUCAUUAUUUAAACAUUACAAUUAGUGCAAAAUACAUGGCUCUCGUACCAAAAGGGAAAGGUGAUGCGGACUGGAGUAAGAGAGAUAGACAGAAAACCCGUCAUAAUGUUCCUGAUGAGAAAGAACAUUCUGCUAUCAACUAUGAUAAACUCAAGUGGUUGUGUGAACUUGAUGGCCUUCAUUCAAGCAUUGAAGGGGAACCCAGCUCAGACGAAGCACACAAACUCUUUAUGGAGAACUACAAAAGCAUAUUUGUGAAUGGCAAGCCCCAACCUGGAAUGCUACCGGUACUCGGGAAGGAUAUAUCAGGGUCUAAAAGCCUUGGAGCUACAAACAAUUCAACAGAGAAUCCAACAGUCACAAAGAGCAAGAAGAAGAAUGCGAAGGAGGAGACGCAGGAGCUGCAUGAUGAUCAUAUCAGCCAUGACAUCAAGGAGCACAUGGCCAAGCUCCACAAGGAGCGCAAGAUCCUCGAUCCUGUUAUCAUCCAGAGAAACCGAAUCAAGGAUCUCAGAACUAUUCUCAAGAAAAUGCCCUACGAACGCAAGGCAGAUGAAAACGACCUGGUCUACUCACACCUGAAAGCCUUCACUGACCUGUCCAAGCAACUGACCAACAAGGAGCUGAAAGAGCUUAGUACCCUGGUGACAUUGGACGUCUGGAGGGACGAAGGAUAUACAGUAUUUGCGAAUAGUGGAUUCUUUACUGUAUUGAAGGGGAGUGUUAUACCUCAGAGUAGACCCUGGAUUCAAUACAGAGGUGCAGCUGGGAAAGUACCUUUGCUUGUAACAGAGUCAUCACAUAGUGAGGACAGGUUCCCUGAACUAAAGGUGGGUGAUUGCUUUGGAACAUUAGAGAAGGUGGAAGGCCCAGAAGCAAAUAGCAAGCUGCUGACUGUUUCAAUCAACUCUGUACCGACAGAGUUCCUGAAGAUAUCUAGCAAUGACUUCAAACGCAUCACUGAGCAAAUACAAUCACAAGAGAACACAGAGAAGAUAAAUCUGAUCAAUUCCUGCAAGGCAUAUCUGAUGUGGCCAAGACAGUCAUUACUCAAGCUAGCUGAACUCUUGGAAUGGACAACCUUUCAAGAAAAUACUGUUCUGGUGAGUGAAGGUUUCUUGUGUCCUUUCAUCGGCUUUGUCAAGUCUGGGGAAUGCCAUGUCCUGAGGCAAGUGGAGGUCAAGGAAGUUCUACCAAAUGGGAAAGAGGAGAGACGACACAAGCAGGUUGUGAUGGGUCAGCUGUUACAUUCAGAGUCCUUUGGUGAGAUUAGUGUUCUGAGAGAAGAACUAAGCAAUUCCUCCAUUGUAACAUCCACCAGCGUGGAGUUAGGUGUCAUCUCGGUGGAGAGGAUAAACGAAUUGGACGAGACCACUAGAUCACUUCUUCUUCAGUCUAAUGAGACACUCUAUGAAUCCCUAUCAGAGACUGAAAUCCACAGCGAAUACAUAGACCAGGAACAGAAGCGAGAAUGGAACCAGUUCAAACACAAUGUCCUUGUGGAUGUCAUCAAUGCCAGGGGUAUUAGACCAGGCUAUGGAAAGUGGGCUAAAUGAGGACCAGACUAUCUCUUGCUGGUAACAACUCCAUGCUAUAAGAGGAACAGAGAAAAGAACAACUUUCUCAAGGACUGUGGAACAAAUCUUUUAUCUGCAAUUCUGGAAUUUUGUGACCAUUUUGAUAUGAAAAAGAAUUUGUUGCGUCAUAGACCUUUAUCGGAUGAGAUAAAAAAGGGGAACAGAACAAAUUGUAUAUGGUUUUUUCGUUUUUU